AUGAAUAGCGUGGACGGGCCCUUGGUCGACAACAAUGAUAUUUUCUACCUUGUCAUUCCAACGCUGGAGAAGAUUCGACUUGGCAUGGUGUAUCAUAUGAAAGCGUCAGACCAUUUAUUGAAUGUUGCCAAGCAAUUUGGCGUGUCGUUUUAUAACCUCUUGGAACUCAAUCCCGAUCUCCUCCGCAGCGACCAGUACGAAAAUCUGGAGGGGAAAAGGAUAUGCAUAUUGCCAUCAACUUCUAAGUUCGACAAGUGCAUGGCUCCGCAGGCAACUCCCAACCCCUAUUUCUACGAGGCGGAUUUCCCCACUCCUCCUUACUUCUACUAUGGCAAUCAAGGGCGUGGCGUUCCUAUCAAGCAGUACAACCCACUCUACCCCGAAGCACCGAUCCCCGUGCCACCGCCAUGA